AUGUGCUGCGUCCUUCAAGGUGCCGAGAGAGUGUUCCCCUCCGUUGGGAACGGGGGGAAACACGGAACGGGAGUGGGAAGCGGCAAGGGUGCCGGUGAUACCCCCGUGGGCGCCCAGGAUCUACCCCUCGAGUCGCUCUGGGCAGCUGGCCUGGACGAGGGGAUGGGGUUUCCGCAGAGAUGUUCCUAUGCGAAUCAACAUACCACUCUCGCCGCGUCUUCUUCUACGAGCCACACAUCUCCUGCGAACCCCGACGAACUCUGGAGAGAGAGAAACUUUCCUCAUAGAACGCCUACGACCUCCACGGGAAUCGGUUCCUCGAUUACGGAUGAGAUAUGGACAUCGGCGAACGAGCGGCGAUUCUGCCGUACUUCGACCACCUCGACUGGCAUCGGGUCGUCCCUGAACUUACACGAGAACAAUCGCUCGUUGGAGUCACGCGACGGCGAUUUCUACUCCACGGAUAUCGAGGAUUCGAAGGACACAUCCUAUCGGAGAUUCUACCCGACCACACCGACUACUUCCGGUUUGGGUUCAUCCUCGGAUCGUCAAUCCGUGGAAACGCAGUGUGGUUCCAGAGAUUUACCGGAUCAUCUCUGGGCAGCCGCGAUGGAAGAUGGUUUCUCGCGCUUCAAUGCCAUGAAGUCACUGCAGACAAUCACGCGACAGCCUCGUCCAAAUCACGACUGGGUGAAGACCGAGCGUAUCUCCAGGUUUACCAAACAUCGCACCAUCAGUCAAUCGCCACAACACGAGCAGGAAAUCUGGACAUCCAAGUUGAACGAGAGUGCAGUAGUCUCCGGUUAUGCCACGCAACGGAAUCUUGGUCCACACAAAUGCCAUCAUCAAGCACGCAGGAGCUUCUCCACAUCGAUCGUUGCGGAUCUUGCCGUCACACCGGAUGGAUCUCAGCAGAGUCUUGGCAGUGGCGAGUUCUUGGAGCUGGAGAGGAGUUACACCCUCUCAACCCCGGGGGGUAGCAGUCCCGUUUGUUGUCCGCCUUGCAGCCCGCCGCCCGCGCCGGCCGCAUACAUAUCGAGCGCGCGCGCGUCCUCGCGUAGACUCGGCGCCGGAAGUGGUCUCGGCGGUCCCACAUCCCCGGAGAGGGAUCCCCUGGGAAGACUGUUAAGAUUCCUGAAGACCUUCUACAGGGAGUUGGGCACUCGCGAUCCGCCCCAUCUACCGCCAUGGGCAUCCCCGCUACCGCUCGGCACCCUCUGUCCGGCGCACUUUCAGCCGCAUCUGCAGCUGGUGCACAAGAGCGAGCAGGAACACCGUCUCGAAAACAUCAAGCCCGACCAGAUCUUCGCUCCCGUCAGGUUGAGUGAUGGUACCGUAUCCGAGGCGCCGCGGCGCGUCGCUAUCGAGGGUGGCCCCGGAAGCGGCCGGACCACUCUUUGUUUGCGACUAUUGCAUCAAUGGGCGACACAGAGUGACGGUCCUGCUUUGGCGUUUAUCGUGCCGUUGCGCGAGCUUCGCGGUAGCCCCGUCCUGAAUUAUCUGGCGCGAGAAUUAUUCCCAAGAACGGCCGCAUUGGGUGAUGCGAUCGCGCAGGUAUGGCGUACUUUGCACCUGAUGGAGGAUCGCGUACUCUUCGUCCUGGACGGUUACGAUGAAUGCGUGGGCGGCCGAGCAUCACUCGGCGAUGCAGCCGAUCUCCUAGAGGGACGAUUGUUCCCGGACGCCAGGAUUCUAGUUACGUGCUCGCCUAGCAACUCAAUCGCUCUCGCACCUUUGGUUCAACGCAGAAUUCAUCUAGCCGGCCUCGAAUGGCCGCACGUUGAACGGCUCUGCGUGGCCUAUUUCAUUCACAACGAUAUCGCCGAGAAGGCCUGCGAAUUUCUUGAAGCGCUUAAUGUGCAACCGCAAUCCGUCAGGCAGCUCGGCCAGCAUCCGCUCGGUUGGAUCAUGCUCUGUUGCUUGUAUCAGGACUCCGGAAAUCUACCGACCGAGACAAGCGCCCUCGUACAAGCCGCGGUGAAGUGCAUCGUGAAAAGGAGCUUAGACCCGCCGAUUCCCUAUAACGAGGAAAUUCCAGGCCAUUGUAGGAAGCGUCUUGAGGACUUCGGCAAGGUAUCCCUGGCUGCCUUAAGGGAGGGCAGAUGCUGUUACACGGAAGCUGAGCUAAGGGCACGAGGUGGAGGCAUCGAAGUUACUCGACUCGGUUUCCUCACGAGGGGCCUGACCUUCGGUCAAAGACGCAAACCAGAUCUUUACACGCCUAUUCAUAUGGCAGUGGCGGAAUUCUUGGCGGCGUACUAUCUUACUUCGGUGGCGCAAUAUGCCAACAUCCUGCGCCGUGAAUUGGAGGGCCUACCCUCGGGUAUCAUCGGUCAUUUAGCCGGCUUGCUAGGUCCCAAGACCCAUUUGAUUCUGAAUCAAUUAUGUCCGCUGGAAGUGCCACCCAGAGCUGUGUUCUCAUUGCUAAAGGCAGCCGGUGCGUCCGAUGGCAACAUCUCAGCGGUCUGCCGAUUGGUUGGCGCGGGUCCUGGAUUCGGGCCCGCACCCAACGAACGACCUCCAGCUCCAUUGGUACACACGUCCCCUCUAGAGCUAGAAGGAUGGGCCAGGAUCCUCGAGAGUCCCGCUUGCACGCUUGAAGCGCUCGAAGUGGUGUUCCAAGUGGAACGUGGAUCUGAUCCAAGAUAUCUGGAUGAUUUCUUCGAUGCGCUCGCCGGCAACGAGAGUGUCAAACUCGUCAGGAUUACGUCUCUGCUGGGACAGGAGUUCCCUGCAGACGAAGCGCAGCGAUUGGCUGGACAUUUAAAGAGUGUGCUUGGCAAAAAGAAGCUCAACGAUUUCGAGCUUGUCAUCACUUGUCUCGAGGAGGCGGCCCAUGAUAGACUGGAGUGCGUGGUGAAUGCUCUUUGUCGCGGCCUGAGUCACGCCUCUGGUAGUCUGUCGCGUUUGGUGCUCGACAUGAAUCUGUCCGGUGAGCAAGUGUCCCGGGUCUGCGAGGCACUUCGCGACUGCAUUCAAGUACAGGCGUUGCACUUGCCCCAUUUAGGCUGUGGAUGUGAGGGUCUAGCAUCGGUCGCUGAGUUGCUGAAGGAACGGCCGCUGCUGGCACUCAACCUGGCUGGCAGCUGGGGCGCCAAGAAUGAGGAUCCAUCCAGCUCUGGCAUCAGUAUGGGUUCAGGUUCAGGUUCUGGAUCUGGCAGCAGCGGCUGCGCCUCCAGCACUCUCGGCACCUUACCGCUGAAUCGUUGCUACUCGUCUUUACCCAGAGGAGCGUUAACGGCUUAUGGGAGCUUAACACGACCCGCCACUCUGCCGCGUCUUCCAUUGGGCCUAGGCUUGGGCCCGGCACCUAAUAACAGCAACGGACCUCUGCCUCAAAAUGAUCGGGAUCGAGACAGCAAUGGAAGUAGCAAAAGAAAUAGUGACAGCGUACUCUGUCAUCGACUGCCUUUGUUGCAUCCCUUACCUACGUGCGACGUCGCCAGCCAUCAGGGCACUGGUUUCCACGAGAUAUUCAAUGCUAUCAGGGAACCCAACUGCAAACUGAGAUCUCUGAACGUGUCCAAAUGUCUUCUGGGCGGUUUAGAUGCCGGCUGUUUAGGCGAGACCGUAAGAAAGGCCCGCAAUUUGGAUGCUUUGAGGGCCGCUGGAGCAUCGAGACCAGCCGACGUAAUGCCUCUGGUGUUGGCUUUGACAGAAGCACCCUGUUUACAAUUACUAGACUUGUCUAGUCCCCGACUGGCCCUAGACGAUCAUCCUUCAAGGCUGUUAUGUCACGCUCUGGCAAGGAACACGACCCUUAAGCUGCUCAGUCUGGAGGGCUGGACUUUCCGGAUAGAGGAAUCCGAUAGUUUAGCAGUAUUCUCUGAGCUGCUGAGAUACACAAGCGUACGCGAGCUGAGCUUAUGCAACGCACGCUUGCAUUUAGCAGUGCAUGAAGGUCCUUUGGCGAGAUUGGGACGUCGUGACGACGCUGGCGCCGAGCUUCUGCGAGCCGCACCACCUCCGGCCUGUCCCGCGAUCGUCUUCUUGAGGCUAGCUGGAUUUCAAGUGACAGUGAACGAUCGCCUGGCAUUGCGCGGGCCGUUGCUACUGCCGUUCCUGGCGGGUUUCACAUCGCUGAGUGAGCUUGAUCUGUCGCUAGAUAAAUCAACAAUCGGCGGCAGCAGUGGCUCGUUACUUUUCAUCGACGACAAGAUCCUACAGCAAUUCUUCUGUUGCCUGGCGGCGCACUUCCGCAGUCUGCAGUCGCUUCGGAUCAAUUUCUGGCGGGUCACCCUGGAAGACAGCGAUCGCACAAUGCGACAGAUCGCCAAACAUCUCAAGCUAUGCGGCUUAAGCUUCCUCAGGGCGAAUGGCCUAAUUGUCACCGAUAGCGCCAAGCGUGUGCAGAUGGAACACGUGUUCGUGCAGACGAUCCUCACGCACCUGCAAUGUCUCACCUGGCUGUGCCUGGACGGCAUCGAGCUGACCGAGACGCAAGCCACCAGCGUAGGCAAGUGUGUACGGGAUCGUUAUCCCGGCACCACCCUGGAAAUCAGCGCCAAGGAUAUCCACGUACGAUCCGUCAAGGCCCUGGUGACUGCGGCCGAGGAGGGUGGCAGAACGGAAGUGAUUUACACCGGUGGUUCCAGCUGUCGCCUGAAGAUCACGAAGCUCCAGAAGGGCGGUCGAGGCAAGAAGAAAUGAAGGAUUCGCGGGCGAUAAUUCGGAGGAAGUUAUCCUGGCACACAGUUUAUCGCGAGGUAAAGGGGAAACGAAGAGAGUCGAUUGAACGAGAUCGAUUGAUCUUUUCGCGGAUGCGACUGUGGAACUAGGAAAGUUCUGGAGAUUGGAGGGAGAGAAGGCAAUGAGAUUAAAUCAACAGAUCGUGUUGGAGAAGCGAUGCGGAGAAGUUCGAAGUAUCGGAAAAAGGAUUAGAUAAGAUGGAGAUAUAAUGUAGAUUAUCUAGG